UGGUGAUGCUUUGUGUUUUCAUUUAGCGGUUGAUGCUCAUUUGUAGAUUUAGCCUGUUAUUUCUGCAUUUACGCGAGAGAGCGCAGCAGACUUUGCCCUGGUUGGAUCGACAUAAAGGCGAUUGAACAACACAACGAUGGCUGAAAGAAGUGACCUAAAAGCUGAGCUUGAGCGCAAAAAGCAGCGCUUGGCCCAGAUUCGAGAGGAGAAGAAAAGAAAGGAGGAAGAGAGAAAGAAGAAAGAUUCUGAGAUGCUUCAGAGGACUGAAAACGUGUCAGAAGACUCAGACCUAGACAGGAAGAGAAGAGAGACAGAGGCUCUCCUACAGAGCAUUGGAAUUUCACCAGAACCACCUCUAGUGCAGCCACUGCAGCUUUUAACAUGGGAUACCUGUUAUUUUCAUUAUUUAGUCCCAACCCCUAUGUCUCCCUCUUCGCAAUCAGUGAGCCCGGCCAGUGAAAUUGGAAGUCAAGAGUCCAUAGAUGGAGGGACUGUGGGAAGGACGUUGCAAUGGGACACCGACCCCUUAGCUCUUCAGCUUCUUGCAGAUUCUGUUCAUGGGUGCAAGAUGCAAAGGCUAGGAGCAUCAAAAAUUGUUCAGAUUGAUUUCAUACCAAAAGAACUGGUGUCAUACUCUAAAGAGACACAGACGCCUGUCGCAUCUGAUCAGCCUGAGGAGGAGGAGGGUGAGGAGCUGUCAGUGCCCAAAUCUGAGCCGGUGCCACAGCAGCUAGAGGAGGAGAAGCUUCAGAAAGAUGAAGAAGGCAAGAACAAUCACAGUUUUAAAAAAGAAAGUAAUACAUUUAUAAGAAGUGUGACAUCAUACAGACCUGUAUGCAUAUGUGUCUUAGUUCAUCCUAGAGAACUCACCAACGAGGAGAAAGAGCAGAUUGUUCAUUCAGAGGAUUUCCUGUUUUUCUUCGACCGAAGCAUCCGUGUAGUGGAGCGAGUGCUGGCCGAGGAUACGGACAUUUUCUUUGACUACAGUGGGCGAGAUAUGGAGGACAAAGAAGGGGACAUGCAAGCCGGAUCAAACUUGUCUUUUAAUCGACAUUUCUAUGAUGAGCAUUGGUCUAAACAUCGAGUCGUCACUUCCCUGGAUUGGUCACCACAGUAUCCUGAAUUGCUAGUGGCCUCAUACAACAGUAAUGAGGAUGCGCCUCAUGAGCCAGAUGGAGUUGUGCUGGUCUGGAAUAUGAAGUUUAAGAAGAUGACCCCCGAGUACAUAUUCCACUGUCAGUCCUCAGUGAUGUCAGUCGGCUUUGCUCAGUUUCAUCCUAACCUAGUGAUCGGAGGGACUUAUUCAGGACAGAUAGCACUGUGGGACAAUCGAAGUCACAGGAGGACCCCAGUGCAAAGGACGCCUCUGUCUGCAACUGCACACACUCAUCCUGUAUACUGUGUGAAUGUGGUCGGAACACAAAAUGCCAACAACCUGAUCACAGUUUCCACAGAUGGCAAGAUGUGCUCCUGGAGUCUGGACAUGCUCUCACAGCCUCAGGAAAGUAUGGAGCUGAUCUACAACAAGUCAAAGCCUGUGGCAGUCACUUGCAUGGCCUUUCCUGCAAGCGACGUGAAUAACUAUGUGGUAGGAAGUGAGGAGGGCACCGUUUACACAGCAUCCCGCCAUGGAAGUAAGGCUGGUAUUGGUGAAAUGUUCGAUGGGCAUCAGGGACCUGUGACUGGAAUCAGCUGCCAUAACUCUGUGGGUCCAGUUGACUUCUCCCAUCUCUUUACCACUUCCUCAUUUGACUGGACUGUCAAACUGUGGUCAACCAAACAUAACAAGCCCCUCUAUUCUUUUGAAGACAAUGCAGACUAUGUGUAUGAUGUCAUGUGGUCUCCAGUUCAUCCAGCGCUCUUUGCUACAGUUGAUGGCAAUGGUCGUCUGGACCUUUGGAAUCUCAACAACUACACAGAGGUGCCGUCGGCAAGUGUGACUGUGGAGGGAGGAUGUGCCCUGAACCGGGUCAGAUGGGCAACGGGGGGCAGAGAGGUGGCAGUGGGUGAUUCAGAGGGCCGUGUUUGGAUCUAUGAUGUGGGAGAGCAGUUGGCCAUGUCACAUACAGACGACUGGAGCAAAUUUGCCCGUACGCUCAUGGAGAUUCGUGCCAACCGAGGGGAUGGAGAGGAAGAAGGUGCUUUGGAGCUGCCUGCAUGAGACAGACACAAUUACAUUCAGUGAAAAACAAGUAAAGAUAUGCUGAAACAGAUGCUUGAUAUAAGUGAGUGAAUCACACAUCCACACUGCUGUGAUCGCAGGUCUUUUUCUUUUGCCUACAAAACUCUAUUUAUAGCAUUGGUGUUAAUUAGCAAUAUCUCCUGUUCCAGUGCUAAUAGUUAAUUCCGGAACACACACAGGCGAAGAAAGGAAUGGGCUUGAGAUAAUGUAUAUCUAUGGCUUGCAGUGACUAUAUAGGAGUGAGCCUGUGAUCAUCACACUCUAUCAAAACAAUAACGUCAGCUUAUUUUACAUAUGUGAAAGUACAGGGUCAUACUGAGAUGAAUGGAGAAUGUAUUGACCAUUAUGUAAAAUGUAUGGUAGCAAAGCGUAUGAAUGUGACUUUCUUUGACCUUUAACGUUGUAUGUGUGUAUAAUUUAAUACAAACAGGAGCAUAAAAGCAACUGUAAAGUGUGAACUUACAAUAAAAGUUUUAAUCUUUA